GUAUAAUCUUGCCAACAAACUUUUCAAUAUUUUUUAAUAUUAAUUUUUUGGACCUAACAACUUAAUUCAUUUAAUUUGAUAGAUUUGACAUAUAGCGAAACUUGCCCAAGAAGCCAAAGUGACUUGCCCAGGGGGCAACCUAUUCAUUUAUUAAUUAUUUAUUUUAUUUUUUAUCAUUUGUUACUAAUCUCGAGGAUUUUUGAAUUCCAAUCCGCAAAGAAAUCAUCUCCCGACAAAUAGUUUUCUGUAUUAAAUAUUAAUUCACAUUUCAUCAAUUCAAAAUAGCAGGAAAAUAGGCUGGGUGUAGACGAACACGCUCAAUCUGGAAAAUAGAUUGCUGGAAUCCAAAUUCCCGGAGGUGGAAAUGGCGGACCAGCGGUGAUGAUUCAAGCUAAGUACUCUGAGCCUCGGAGGUUGUCACGGAGUUAGUACAUGGCUGAAGCACAUCACCGACAUAGGCGCCUCUGUUUUCCGGUUAGCGGUCCCUGACGUGCCUACAGUUGAUAUUUACAUUGUGAUAUCCAUAGAGGAAAAGUCGGUUACUGACGCUGCUGGAUCUGACUUGUGCCAUGGCCGAGGAGAAGCACAACCUGAAGAACCCUGCUGUGAAGAGAAUCUUACAAGAGGUGAAGGAGAUGCAAGAGAACCCUUCUGAUGAUUUCAUGAGCCUUCCUCUUGAGGAUAAUAUAUUUGAAUGGCAAUUUGCAAUCAGAGGGCCUUCUGAUUCUGAGUUUGAAGGAGGAAUUUAUCAUGGAAGGAUCCAGUUACCUGCAGAGUACCCAUUUCAGCCUCCUUCAUUUAUGCUUUUGACUCCAAAUGGUCGCUUUGAAACACAAACCAAGAUAUGUCUAAGCAUAUCAAAUCAUCAUCCCGAACAUUGGCAACCAUCAUGGAGUGUUCGAACUGCUUUAGUAGCAUUGAUUGCAUUCAUGCCCACCGACCCAGGUGGUGCUUUGGGUUCUUUGGAUUAUCCUAAGAAAGAUAGGCGGGCUCUAGCUAUCAAAUCUCGUGAAGGACCCCCAAAAUUUGGUACUCCCCAACGUCAAAUGCUAAUUGAUGAGAUUCAUCAUUAUAUGCUGAGGAAGGCACCCCCGGUUCCCCCAGUAGCUUCUACGCAGAUGCCUGAACAGCUCCCAGUCAACAGCGCAAGUGAUGCUCUCCAGGUUGAUCAUCAGAAUGCUGAUGCUGUAGCUGAAAGAGUGGAGCAGGCUGCCAACCCAGAAAUGAAUGAUAUGAUUGUGGAAGACAUGCGUGAGGUUCGUUGGAAUGCAAAUGCGGGCCCCUUGCGAGUCAGUUUUAGCGCUGGAUUGAGAGUAACACGACGGGUUACGGUUGAUCCAAAUGUGCAGUUGCAGAGGCAAGGAGCUCAAGGAUGGAGGCUUUUUGAUGAUCAGUUGUUCACUUUGGCAGCUGUUGGGUUAGCCAUUGCGAUCGCAGUUUUGUUGAUAAAGAAGUUCCUGAAAUCAGAUGGAUAGUGUUAGUGGCAUAGAUGGAUUGUAGUGAGUUCUAUUUUGGGUUGAUAGUUUCCAUCAAGCUGCCAUUUGUCAGUUGGGCAAUUAUUUUUUCCCAUCCCUUUAUAAAAGAACGACCGGGGGGAGAGAGGGGGUGUGGUUGUUGGGGGGUGAAUGGGAACAGUAGAUAUUUCAAGCUUGUUAUUGUGGUAGCUCUUUGUAACCUAGUCUUGCAAAAUACAUAACCAUUUUCUUCCAUCCUUGUUGACAGACACUAACCAGAUGUUGGCUUUCAUGAGACUUGCAGGAAUUAGGAUUUUACUUUUGUGGAUUAAGUUGGGAAUAUGGCUAUUUGCAACAUUUUACCUUUAGGAGUUAAGUCUGAA